GGAGACCCGUCCUCUGAGAAGCUCAACAAUGGGCAGUGUGUUGGCUGCCAGCGCCCCCAGCCCACCUCCACCAGGGCCGGGUGCCCCAGGUUUGGUAUCGGUGCCUCCGGGAUUUACGAUGCCCCCCGUCUCACCGGUCUCUGCCCCGAGCAGCUCUCCAACCGGGCAACAGGACACCGAGCCUCCCCUUCCAAACCCCGGAGGAUUUGAAGAGUGCCAUCGCAAAUGCAAAGAGGUUUUUCCAGUGCAGAUGGAGGGUGUCAGACUAACAGUGAACAAGGGCUUGAGCAAUCACUUCCAGGUGAACCACACGGUGUUGUUAAGCACUCAAGCAGAUUCCAGCUACAGAUUUGGAGCGACGUAUGUGGGAACCAAACAAACAGGACCAGGAGAGGCCUUUCCCGUCAUGGUUGGUGAUAUGGACAACACAGGGAGCUUAAAUGCACAGGUUAUUCAUCAGAUCACUGACAAAGUACGCUCUAAAUUCGUCUUCCAGACUCAGCAGCAGAAAUUUGUGAACUGGCAAGGAGACACUGAAUUUAAAGGAGAGGAUUUCACUGCUGCUGUGACAUUUGGAAACCCAGAUGUGUUGAUGGGAUCAGGAAUUGUUGUAGCUCAUUAUCUCCAGUCUGUGACUUCAUCGCUGGCAUUAGGAGGAGAGCUGGUGUACCAUCGACGGCCAGGAGAGGAGGGCACAGUCAUGUCUCUGGCUGGCAGAUAUACAGGCAGCAACUUCAUCGCCACAUUGACACUAGGAGGAGCUGGAGUUCAUGCCUCUUACUACCACAAAGCCAACGAUCAGUUGCAGGUUGGAGUGGAGUAUGAAGUGAGCACUCGCAUGCAGGACACUAGUGUAACAUUUGGGUACCAGCUGGAUGUCCCUAAAGCCAACCUGGUUUUUAAAGGUUCUUUAGACAGUAACUGGGUGGUUGGAGCCAAUCUGGAGAAGAAGCUUCAGCCUCUGCCUCUGUCACUGGCCCUCAGCGCUUACCUGGACCACAGAAAACACAAGUUCCAGUGUGGCUUUGGCAUCACCAUUGGUUAAACCUGCCUUCAUUUUUUGCUUAAUUCUACAGUUUACACGCACACACCAGAUGCUGGUGAAGGUUGCUGGUCAAACAAGUCAAACACACUUAAACAAAAUCAGUAACUAUGAAGCAAAAGAAAGCAUUGAUUGCUAAUUUAUUGCAUCAAAGCAACCUCAGGCUUUCCAUUUCAUUUCUCUUGUAAUAUGAACAAAAAACAAUGAUCAUUAUAAUAUGCAAAAAAAAUGUCAUAAAUACAUCAUACAUGAUCAUAUAUGAGAACCGAAAAGAAAUCCAACAAAACGAGAAACAGAUUUAUAUGUGUGUCUUGUAUGUGUUAGUUGUCAGUUCUUUUUAUAUAAGUUAUUUUAUUUUGCCUUUAAUAAGGAGAUUGAGGGUUAUUUUACUUCCAGUCAAUGAUUUUUUUUUUUCGUCAGAAUUAUUUUUUUAAAUAAGUUCUGGAUCUCUGUACUUGUAUAGGUACAUACAUGGAUACAAUAUUGUAUGCAUUGCCUGUAUUGAAAAUUGUGGAUAAAUUAUUAUUAAAACAAAACAUUAUACAUCUGUUUAUCUAUUAAA